UGGACCGCCCUCAAUAUCCGCGGUUAUCAAUUCAAUGCGUUGGUGCGGGCUGGACGCAGUGCCUGACACAUUUACACUGGAACAUGUGAAGGUGGGAAGAUUUGGAAAGUAGUUAGAGCAUCCAACAAAUUCUGAAGAACCAUGUGGAGGAUCCUAGCACUAUGGCUUCCGGUGCUACUCCUGGGAGUUGAGGUGUGCCACUGUGAAGAUGUGCUGGAAUCAGAAGAGGUGCCUAUCAACCCUGUGUCAACCACAGUGACACGCAGCCAGAUUCUGUCAGCUCAGUUUGAGUGCUACCUAAAGAUUCUUCAUGACCCACCACACAAUGAAGAUGGCACAUUCUGUAACCGCACAUGGGACGGAUGGCUGUGUUGGAGUGACUCUGCCCCUGGCACGGCCAUGCAGCUCUGCCCUGAUUACUUCCAGGACUUUGACCCCUCAGAGAAAGCGACCAAAGUGUGCAACUUGGAUGGACAGUGGUUUCGUCACCCUGAGAGCAACCGUAUUUGGUCCAAUUACACUCAGUGUCAGAUGUACACCAAGGGUAAACUGAUGUUUGCUUUCAGCUUGUACUACUUGGCCAUUGUGGGACAUGGAUUGUCUGUGGUAUCCCUCAUCAUCUCACUCUGCAUCUUCUCCUACUUCAAGAGUCUGAGCUGCCAGAGGAUCUCCCUCCAUAAGAACAUGUUCCUGUCCUUUAUCUUCAACUCCAUCUGCACCGUCAUCUGGCUCUCUGUAGCCAACAACCAGCAGCUGGGGGCCAGCUACCCUAUUGGAUGCAAGAUUCUGACAGUCCUGAACCAGUAUACAUUUGGCUCCAACUACUUCUGGAUGCUGUGUGAGGGGAUCUACCUGCACACUCUCAUCGUCAUUUCUGUGUUUGUGGGAGAGCAGCAGCUGGGCUGGUAUUAUGUCCUUGGUUGGGGUACACUCCAAUGUAACGAUGUAAAACGUCAUUCAAGGGCUGAGGGUUUAGGGCUGAGGGCCGUCUACUUUGCGUUUGAACUGCAGCCAUGGACUCCUGUCUCUCUCCCAGGCUUCCCCAUCAUUCCUGCCAUUACACAUGCUGUGGCCCGCGGGGUCUUCUAUGAUGACAGAUGCUGGAUCAGUUCCGACACACACCUGCUCUACAUCAUCCAUGGUCCUUUCCAGGCUGCCCUGCUGGUGAACCUGUUCUUCCUACUCAACAUAGUGCGUGUGCUGAUCACCAAGCUGCAGGUGACCCACAGCGCACAGUCCAAUGCCUAUAUGAAGGCUGUGCGAGCCACUCUAAUCCUGAUACCUCUGCUGGGAGCCCAGUUCAUCCUGGUUCCUUGGAGACCAGAGGGACAUAAAGCCAGGGCCAUCUACGAGUUCACCAUGAACAUCUUCACACAUUUCCAGGGACUCCUGGUCGCAAUUAUAUUCUGCUUUUGCAAUGCAGAGGUGCAGGCAUGUCUUAGAAGGAAAUGGGCCCAGACCAAGCUGGUGUGGAAAUGGACAGAUUCCUACUCCCACUACAACAUCAACUCCUCUGUGACCGAGACGAGUCGCGCUACAGUCAGCCUGGAGCUUACCGCUUCUGAGGAGGACACCAUCAUUAAGCCAGGUGGCAGUGUACACUACCGAGCCAAUGGACAGAGCAACGGCAAGCACUGCACCAAUAGGGAGAUGGACACGCCAAGGAUUCUGGAGACCACUGACAUCUGAGAGCAUUGCAUUGUCCCUUCCCAUAGGCGUCAUCACAUUAUGCUGGUCACAAACAGGCUCACUUAACUCACAGCAUGGCCACAGACAAUUGGUCAGAGCACAAAAAGAGGAUCACACACACACACACACACACACACACACACAUGGUAAGAACAUACGCACAAAUGUGUACAAGAUACACAUGCAAGCACAAACACACAACACAGACAAAGACACAUACACACACAUUUGAUAAUGAAUGAGCAGUUUACAGGGUCCAGUUGAAACCUUGCAGACAAGUAUUUGCCCCAGAUGUAUAUACAUUUCACUGUAGCUUCUCACUGUUGCUCAUGUUGACCUUAUGGAACAAAUCCAGUGGUACAAGGACCCAAUGAAGAUGGCUAUCUCUGGUAAUGUUUGAUCUUGGCCUUCAAUGCGAAUUAGUGUCUGAUGUAAUCAUUUUCUGUAGGCCUAUUGUACCAUUUGUACAGUAUAUAAGCACUCUUAUAUUUGAGUUUAUUCAACUGACACUCCUUUUAUAUUUUAAAAUUAUGAUCUGUCUUUUUGAUGUCACUUUAAUCAUGUGGAACUUAUUAUUUAAUUGUGUGUUGCAUAAGCUUGCCUUUUUAGAACCAUGAAAUUACUUGGCAUAGUUCUGACUGCUGUAUGUUGAGUUCUCAGAGGCAAGGAAGAUGACUGACAGUGAAUAAGGCAUACAACACAAUGAGGAAAAGUGUGUCUGUGUGCUUUGACACUAAUGGGAGAACCUAUGAUUCAGUGAUGUGGGGUUGCCCCAUGUCUGACAACACCCAAGAGUCACUUUUUAUCCAGUGUUAUUUUCUUACGGUUUUACAAGUCUUGUUUAUUGAGUUGCUUUUCACAAUAUGAAAAAUCUAAGGAUACAUGUAUUAUACCACUGAGCUGCAGUUUAACUAUUUAUACUCACAUACAUACAUGUGUGUGAAGUAGCGAGAAUUUGCAAUGCUGCAGUUUAUGAAAAACAUUCCACUUUGACUUCAGAAUAAAUGCCUAACUGAAUAACACUACUUUAUAAACCUGUUUAAUUGUGUAACAAUGGUAUUAAAAUAAACUUUUAUAAUUUA